UCCCACAGUGACUAUAUAUAUUGCUACAGUACCGUGUAGAAGAAGCAGCGAGCCAGCCCAUGCAAAGGCGUUUCAUUUGUCUCUUCAUUGGCGAGUGAAUGAAUGGUUAUAGCAACAGCUAGCUUCACAACUACCUUCCAACUCCUAGCAGGCCAUCUCAGUUAUACUAUUUCUCUCCAUCAUCAACAUGUCCGCAGUAGUUGAAGAUACAAUAUUAAGAUCCAAGAAAGUAUCUGCUGGAAAGUCUCCUUGCUGCGAUAAAGUGGGUCUCAAGAGAGGACGAUGGACUUCUGAAGAAGAUAGAAUCUUGACCGAAUAUAUCCAGCAGCAUGGCGAAGGCUCUUGGAGAUCCUUGCCCAAAAAUGCAGGGUUAUUGAGGUGUGGCAAGAGUUGCAGACUGAGAUGGAUCAACUAUUUGAGAGAAGACUUGAAGAGAGGAAACAUCACUCCUCAGGAAGAAGCCAUCAUUGUGAAGCUUCAUGGUGCCAUCGGUAAUAGGUGGUCUGUAAUAGCGAGGCAGCUACCCGGAAGAACAGAUAAUGAGAUCAAGAAUUACUGGAACUCUCACCUGAGAAGAAAAAUUUACUGCUUCAUGAAAACCUCAAACUCCAAUGACACUCUCCCACCGAUUGACAUUGCUGCUCUGAACGCCGCCGCUUCCUCCAAACGAGGAAGAGGCGGUCGAGGCAGACCAACUCAACCGCCCAUGCAAGAAGAAGACAAGAACAAUAUCGCUUCAAACCAAUUCUCGCACUCGGGUACGAAUGCUCACGAUCUGUUUAACAAUAUGCAUCGAAGAAAAACGAGUCCAGAUGAAGCUGAGGCAACUUCAAUGGUCGGUUAUGAAUCUUGGAGCCAGAAUCAUCACCAAGAAGAGACCGCUGAUUGUAUUGGUUUGGAUGCAUAUUGUAUGAUGAGUAGUGAUGAUACUACAAACGGAAAAGCAGCAUUUUGCCCCAACAUGGAUGGAGAAGGUGAGGCCUUGGGGCCAUUUCAAUGGCUAGAUGAAGAAAUAAUGAAACUUAAUUACAUGUUUGAAAGUGGGAUGCUUGUAAACCCAAUCAGUAGCGGAAAUAACAGUAUGGGAAGAGAAUAUGAGUACGGAGAGGUGGGUGGUGAAAAGGGUAUACAUAUUCCAACAAGCGAGGAUAGUAAAAGUGGUGUUUGGAGCUCAGUAUCAAAUUACUCAGAUCAGAGUAGGGAGUGGCAUAACGGUCAUCCUAAUAAUAGCAGCAGUUCAUCAUCAGUGAAUUCUGUUUACGAUUAUCAGUGGGCUGAUUGGGAUAUUUCAGCUAGUGCUGAGUCCCAUCAUAAUCAAUGGAACCUGCAGCACUUUGAAGAAAACCAGAUGAUGACUUGUUUGUGGGAUGCCACUGCAAAUAGUGAAGCAUACAACUUCCACUGAGUUGCGUUCAUGUGAGGGAAUUCGAGUCUUUUAAAUAUACCCUAAAGCAUUUUGGUUUUCUUUCCUUCCUGGUUCAUGGGAUCUGGUAGUUUCAGUUGCAGAGUUAGUCCUUCAGAGAGAGAAAAUCCUUAGUGCAUAUAUUGUAACUUUGUAAGGGAGAAGCAUAUUUCAAUGUGUUUCCAGGUAUUAGUUAUUUCUUUAAUCUGAAAAUAAAGCUGCUACGAUUUCACAA